AUGUAUGCCAGUAACCCGGACGAAUGGAACCCAUCCGACUUUGACGACAGUGAUGAAGCUCUCCUUAUCAUAGCUGCUGAACCUGUUGAGGCACGUGAAGACAACACCAGUAUAUGUCUAAGCAGACCCGGAAGCCACACACCCAAUACUCCGCAUAGCCAUGAUUAUGAGCCGUGCAAUGGUGGUGGGGUGUACGGCCAAGGCGCCCCUGUGUACUCUUGCAGGUGCUACAUUCGCACAAAAGUCGACCCUGGACUUGCACUCGCAGACUUGGAUGUAUCUGAACAAUACCAUGAGCCUGAGAGACUCGAACAGGAUAUCGAUAGUUGGAACACACAGGUUGGAGGCCAUAGCGGUGGAAUUCGUCCCCUUAAGCGUAAGAGGUCCGAGUCCAAGUCAGCACUUGACUUAGACUCCAUAGGAGAUAUAACAACACCACGCCGCUUUGGGCAAAACCUGACCAAUGUCAAACACGCUAAAUCGGUGCCAGCACUGGAAAUGCCAAAGCGUAGGAAGUUGCGAAAGGCCUUCGAAUUUGAUGGAAGCCCGACUCGGGCUCACGAAACCUUAGUAUUUGAUGUUGUGAAACACCUCGAAGCUGCCAUUGACAGGCAAACGUGCCAAGCAAACUUAUUAAUUAUGACACCUUCAGUUGUAAACCUAUUCUAUGAAUAUUCAAGAGCACUGUUUGACACACGAUCAUGUACUAUGUGCGAUGUACACCGUAACAUAGACAGAAACCCGGCGGACAAUUCGGCUCGAUAUCAUUUCCAUGAUCGCCGUAACAUUCGUAAUCUGUACAAUUUUUCACACAACCUAACCCUGUUCAAGUUUAUGUCCUUGUGGCCAUGGUGCCAGUACACUCAGAACUACAGUAGUGCAGGGUUGGCAUGCCACACGCGACUCUGUUUGUUCGAGCUCCACGAGGUCACUGGCGCCCCACAGUACAACUAUUCACAUGUAAACCAAUGGGUGUGGCAUCUGAGUGGGGCCAAAUGCCUGUCUUCGGUUCGGUGGGCAAUAUUUGCUCUUUGUGACGCCAAGUCUUCUCCCUGGAGGACUAUAUAUAAUACAGCUCGUGCAAUAUUUUGCAACGCACACCUUGUGUGGUUCCUGCGAUAUUAUUCCUGCCAUCUGGAAUGGUCGCCAUUUUAUUUAACACUCACUGAACUACUGAUACCUUCAUCAAGGGAAGCACGAUGGCGGCGACACCACUGCGAGGUACGGAGGAAAUGA